AUGGGAGGACAUGUCUUGCUCGCUGUUUUCACUAUGUGUAUGCUUUGUUCAGGGGUUACGGCACAGCUAAACCCAGACAUUUAUGCUAAAUCGUGCCCUUCCCUUGUACAAAUUGUCCGUAAACAAGUUAUGAUCGCCUUGAGGGCCGAGAUGCGGAUGGCUGCUUCUCUAAUUCGUCUUCAUUUCCAUGACUGCUUUGUUAAUGGGUGCGAUGCGUCUGUGUUGUUGGAUGGGGCUGAUAGCGAGAAAUUAGCGAUCCCAAACGCAAACUCUGCGAGAGGAUUUGAAGUAAUUGAUACUAUCAAAGCCGCUGUGGAAAACGCAUGCCCUGGUGUUGUUUCUUGUGCUGACAUACUCACUUUAGCCGCUCGGGACUCAGUUUUCUUGAGUGGAGGGCCUCAGUGGAGAGUGGCAUUAGGAAGAAAAGACGGAUUAGUGGCAAAUCAGAGCAGUGCAAACAAUCUCCCAUCUCCCUUUGAGCCUUUAGACGCUAUUAUUGCCAAGUUUGUAGCGGUUGGCCUUAACAUCACCGACGUCGUAUCUUUAUCAGGAGCUCACACCUUUGGACAAGCAAAGUGUGAUCUCUUCAGCAACCGGCUGUUCAACUUUACCGGCGCGGGAACUCCGGACGCAACACUUGCGACCGCACUCUUAUCGAAUCUGCGAACUGUUUGUCCUGUCGGAGGAAAUGGAAACCAAACCGCUCCCCUAGACAGCAACUCCACGGACGCCUUCGACAACAAUUAUUUCAAGAACCUCCUCGAAGGGAAAGGUCUUUUGAGUUCUGAUCAGAUUCUGUUCUCAAGUGACUUGGCCGUGAACACAACGAAAAGACUUGUGGAGGCUUAUAGUCAGAGCCAGAACUUGUUUUUCAGGGACUUCACUUGUUCGAUGAUCAGAAUGGGACGUAUUACGAAUCUUGUUAAUGGAUCUAAAGGGGAGAUUAGAAAAAACUGUAGGCUUAGAUCUGAUUUUUACUCCACGACAUGCCCUAAUGUUACAGUCAUCGCCCGGGGUCUCAUCGAGCAAGCUAGCCGUAGCGACGUCAGGCUUCCUGCUAAAGUCAUGCGUCUUCACUUUCACGACUGUUUCGUGAACGGGUGCGAUGGUUCGGUACUAUUGGACGCUGCUCCUGCGGAUGGAGUAGAAGGUGAAAAGGGGGCUCUCCAAAACGCUAAUUCUCUUGCUGGAUUCGAAGUCAUCGAUGAUAUCAAAACCGCACUCGAGAAUGUUUGCCCUGGUGUUGUCUCUUGUGCCGAUAUCCUCCCUAUCGCAGCUGAAGUCUCUGUCGCACUGGCGGGAGGGCCGUCAUGGGACGUAUUGUUAGGAAGGAGAGAUGGCCGGACGGCGAGCCAAACGGACGCAGCGGCUGCACUUCCACUAGGAUCUGACUCUCUCGACAUUCUUACUUCUAAAUUCUCCGCUCAUAAUCUUGACACUACCGAUCUCGUCGCUUUAUCUGGUGCUCAUACGUUCGGGAGGGUUGUGUGUGCAGUGAUAGACAAUCGUCUGCACAAUUUUAAUAAUGUUAGCGGACAGUCUGAUCCGAGCAUUGAACCUGAAUUCUUGCAAACGUUGCGACGACAAUGCCCCCAAGGCGGACCGGGGAGGGUCAAUCUUGAUCCCACGAGCCCGGACUCGUUUGAUAACGACUAUUACAAGAACCUUCAAAACAACCGUGGAGUCAUUGAAUCAGAUCAAAUCUUGUUCUCUUCGACAGGUUCGCCUACGGUGUCUUUGGUGAAUCGUUUUGCAGGGGACCAGACUGAGUUCUUUAGAAAUUUUGCUAGAUCGAUGAUCAAGAUGGGAAAUGUAAGGACUCUCACAGGAACUCAAGGAGAAAUUCGUAGAGACUGCAGACGGGUCAAUUAA